UACCGACUUAUUGCGGGGACGUGAUUGAUUGGGAUAUAGAGUUUAAAAAGUUUGUACGUAGCCUAAAACUGAAAAUGUAUUUUGCCAAUGUACCAGCUGUAGAACAAACUAAAGAGGUGGUUAGAAAGUUUACCCAGCGGAGUGAAUUUAUGCCUGAAAUAGAGAACGUCUCCCUAGAUAUGUUUGAGCAUUUGGUUGGUAUGGAGGUUAAGCAUAUUUGGGAACAAAUGGAGCAAAAAAAACUUAGAUACAACUUAACGUUAAAGGAAAAAAAGGCACUUGAUGGGUUAAAAAUGAAUAAAAAUAUAGUAAUCAAGAAGGCCGAUAAAGGCGGUGCAUUGGUAAUAAUGGACCAUACAAUGUAUGUAAAUGAGGCCAAUAGACAAUUGAUGAUGCCUGGACAUUACGAAAAAGUGGGUUAUAAUCCAACAGAUGAGAUAAAGGAAGCGGUCGAUUUAAUGGUUACAGAGGCAUUUGACAACAAUGUUAUUCCUAAAAAUGUUAAAGAUUUCUUGAUUAAUGCCCAUCCAAAGAUACCAGUACUGUAUCUUCUUCCUAAGAUACAUAAAUCUUUGCUCAAUCCACCAGGGCGCCCUAUAGUAUCCGGCGUGGGGUCUAUCUUAGAGCCUCUUGCACAGUUUGUGGAUGCCUACUUACAACCAAUGGUUACAGAGAUUCCUACGUGUUUGAAAGAUACGAAUGAUCUAUUGUGCAGACUUGAGGACCUACCCCCUUUACCUAAUGGUAUAGUUCUAGCCAGUAUAGACAUUCAGAGUCUUUAUACUUCCAUUCCCCAGGAAGAAGGGAUUAGGUAUAUCGAGGAAGCACUAUUGGAUACCACGAUUGAUACCCAGUUGGUAUACUUUUUGUUGGAUUGCUUGACAAUGGUGUUGUGUAAAAACUAUUUCAGAUUUGGAGGGGAGUACUAUUGGCAGAGACAGGGGACCUCGAUGGGUGCCCCGGUCGCCCCCUCUUUUGCCAAUUUGUUUGUUCGCAGAUUAGAGGAGAAAUUCUUCCUGAGACACAGGUUAAGUGAACAUAUCAUAUUAUAUCUUAGAUAUGUGGAUGAUAUCCUGAUAUUAUGGAAUGGGACCAUGGAUGCAUUAAAUGAGAUGGUUAAUGAAGCAAAUGGGUCACACGAGACUAUACAGUUUACGGUUGAAAUGUCCGAUAAGGAGUUACACUUCCUAGAUGUUCAAUUCACUAUUCGUAAUGGGGCGAUUAGCACUAACUUGUAUAGAAAAGGAACAGAUAGAAAUAACUUACUCCAUGCCCAGAGUUUUCAUAACCCAAGUACCGUUAAAGCAAUCCCUAAGGGUCAGUUUUUAAGGGCCAAAAGGAUUGCCUCUACAGAUGAUGAUUAUAGAAGGGCUGGCCAGUCCUUAAGUGAGCGGUUUGUACAAAGGGGAUAUGAGUCUAAGCAUGUCAAAAAAGUAAUGGAGGAAGUAAAGUCUAUACCAAGGAAAGAACUGUUACAAAAAAGUCGGCAGGUGAGACAGAAGGAUAACCGGAGUAUGUUUGUGUCCAAAUUCGUUAGACAUAGCAAAAAUAUAGAAAAGGUUAUAAAGAAAUAUUGGCCUGUUCUCCAACGAGAUAAGACUUUUGGGAAGUUAUUUAAGGAUCCCCCACGGUUCUGCUACAGGAAGGGCAUGAGUAUUAGGGACAUGCUAUGCCCUUCAGAGUUACCUAUAGAAAAGAAACAGAUGUUCCUGGGAAUACAGAAGAAAGGUACCUUUCCGUGCUUGAAUUGUGUCUGUUGCGCCUCGAUAAUAAAAGGGUCAAGCAUUAAUCAUCCCACUAAAGGCAAUAAACUAAAUUUGAAUGACUAUGCCACAUGUGAAUCGAAAGGGGUCAUAUACAUGUUGAAGUGCCCAUGUGGCCUAGUCUAUGUGGGGCAAACAAUUAGAAAUGUAAAAACCAGGAUUAAAGAGCAUAAAGGGGACAUAAGGAAUUAUAAACCAGGAUCUCAGACAGAUACGACUGUAGCCCGACAUUUUAAUGAGGCAAAACAUAGCCACGGGCAAUUGAAAUGGGUGGUCCUCGAAGUAGUACAACCAUUAAGUCGAGGUGGUAACUUUAAGCAAAAGAUGCUACAACGUGAAGCCAAAUGGAUUUCUAAAUUGAAUUCACUAGCCCCAGUUGGGCUUAAUGAUGCCUGGAGUUUGAAAUGCUUUUUAUAAGAAUUGUAAUAUUUACUCUUAUUUAUUUCAGAUAUUAAGUGAUGCCUAUCCUCUCAGCUGGGGGUAAGAGUGUAUCUGAAGAUAUGGAACCUUGGCACUUGGACACUACAUGUACACUGGAGAUCACUGGGACUUUUAAACGUUUUAUACGUUCUAUGUUUUCUACCUAUUUUACACUUUUACUCUGGACUAAUGAGUUAAUUGGUGGGAGGAGGAGCACUGUUUGGCAAUUAAGGCUAUAAGAUGUGGUUUGAUCAUGUGAUUGUUACACUUGAGAAAGGGUCCAUGUGACUCGAAACAUGUCGUGUGUACAAUAAAGCACUAACGCAGCAGA